AAAUAAAGGAUCAGGGAUGUUUAUUCCAGUGAAUCCACUCAGUCCAUUCGGCCGCAGCAGCUGUCCCCGUGCUGCUGUGCGGCUGGAGAUGAUUCCGGAGCUCAGUGUGGACCAGGUGCUGCUGCGGGAUCUUUCUCAGACUUGCAGUCUCUCCGCGUGGUCAGCGGUCACCUCGGCUGUAUAUAACAAGGCGGAGAGAUUUAAAGAUGCACUUAGCAGGGGAAAACAGGCAGGAGAGUGAAUGAUCACAAGACUCCGCCCUGACACUCCUAACCACACCCCCCUAAGUUAUAAAAGCCAGCCCUCAUGAACUCUGACCCCUCUUUUUCCCUCCAAACAUUUUCCCAAACAUGGACAAUUGCUUGUGUUUGCUCCACACAUCCAGAAUGUUCCAUCGUCCGUCACCUGCUGAAGAAAGAGAACGAGUGUAAAGUAAAAAUGAGGACUGAAGCCGUGGCAUCACUCAGUCCCAGCAGCAGGAACCAAACUGCAGGUUGUCUGAUGGAGUGGGACGGAGUGAGUUGUUGGCCGCCUGCUUCUGCAGGAGAGAUGGUCUCUGUGCACUGUCCUCUGCCGCUGAUGAAAUCUCAAAAUCCUCCAGUUCUCAUCACGAGGAAGUGUACCGUGCGAGGAUGGAGUAAACCCAGUUUGUCCUAUUACAAAGCCUGUUACCAUGACGUCGCUGAGGGAGAUGAAGACAUAAGCAAAGAGAAAAAUUACUUUGACACUGUGAAGUUGCUCUACAGCGUUGGUUAUGGCGUUUCUCUGGCUGCUCUCGCCGUCGCCGUGCUCAUUUUCUGCUGCCUCAGGAAACUGCUCUGUACACGAAACUGCAUCCACGUCAACCUGUUUGUGAGCUUCAUGCUCCGGAGUCUGGCUGUGUUCAUCAAAGACGCCGUGCUGUUUGCAGACAAGAGCAUGAACCACUGCACCGUGUCCACACUGCAGUGUAAAGCGGCCGUGACCUUCUUCCACUUCUGUGUCCUGUCUAAUUUCUCCUGGCUGCUGGUGGAGGGUUUGUACCUGCAGAGUUUGCUGCUCUUCACUUUCACACAGACCACAACGCUCUUCUGGAUCUACGCCAGUGUCGGCUGGGGUGUCCCAACAGUCACCACUUUAACCUGGACCUUUCUGAAGAAGCAGCUUGAUGAUGAGGGGUGUUGGGACAACCUGGACAGCAGCUUUUGGUGGAUAAUAAAGAUUCCUAUCCUGCUUUCUAUAUUUAUAAACUUCCUAAUCUUCCUGAACAUCAGCAGGAUCAUCAUUCAGAAAACCAAAGCCACACAUGUGAACCAAAGUGAGACCCAGCUGUUGAGGCGACUCCUUCACUCCACUCUCCUCCUCAUCCCUCUGUUUGGGGUUCAUUAUGUGGUGUUCGCUCUGUUCCCGGAGCACGUUGGCGUGGAACCUCGACUCUACCUGGAGUUAGUUUUCGGCUCCUUCCAGGGAUUUAUCGUCAGUGUCAUGUACUGCUUUCUCAAUGGAGAGGUCCAACAUGAAAUCCAGAGGUUGAUGAAAAGCUGCCGCCCUGAGACGAACACUAAUGUCAUCAAUCUGCCGACUCAAGAAGACGUCCCUUAAAUUAAAAAAUAAACAAACUCUCCUCCUUUCAUGUAGUUCUCUGGUACUUAUUCUUCUGUAGUUGUGUUUUUUACGUCAUUUCAGUCUCAUGUUGUAAAUGCUAUAAAAUACUAAAUGGUGUGAUAUG